AUGGACUCGAAUGCAUCGCGGCAGGAUGCCGCUUCACAUAACCAGAGGCAACGAGCAGUAUCGCUACCAAGCUCUGUGCCACGGCCUCGCACGGGUGCAGCAUACGAAAAUAUCAUUACUUUCAACGAUCCCACCCCCUCGCUCAGCUCUGCCGGGACAUUUGCUCCCGCUCAAAACCCUCUCGACCGCAUAUUGAGCCUGUCUAGGCAUGUAUCGUUGCCGCAAACCCCAACACGCCCAGCCCAUACACUCCCGCCUGUGAAUCACGUCCAUCGGGCUGGUUCGACACCACAGUCCCCGUACACGCCCGAUCUAAGUCCCACGUACACGGGUUACUCGCCGCUUUCACCUGCGCCGCCACGCGAGCUCACAUUCAAGCCAUACAAUGGGCCGAACUCGGCGACGACCUCAGCACACACUCCCUCGCGAUCUCAGUCUCUUCCUCGCCUCCACAUACCGCAUACACCCAGUUAUUACCCUGAUUACCAGCAUGAUUACUCGUCCCCUAUUGACUUUGGUGGUCCGCCAUUGAGCUCGAACGCUUCGACUAGCAGUUCCGGCACAAACUCUCGACAUCCUGCUUCUCACUCGUCAAAUGCCACGAUAACCUCGGCCGACAUACAAGCCUAUUUCAGUCGCCUUUCUAAGGCAGAUACUUUGCACGAGCUAGUCAAUCUGCUUCGCAACAAGGGAAUCUCGCUACGUGAGGUGGCAUCUACCUAUGACCUCUCGAAGGGCGAUGUAUCCGACGAGAUCGUGGCUGUCAUGCGUGCUCGCAAGAUCGUUCCCCUUCGCCUCGUUACUGAGCUCAUUGAUCCCGAUGAUAUUGAAACUUUUGAACGCCGUCAGGCGUGGUAUCGAUCUGAUACUACCGUCCUCAACGACUUCCUAGACCAGGUCAGAAACGAUGAGGCUGGAGGUAGUGUAGCGAGCUUGCGUCGCGCCUCCACGGACCAACCAGCCACUUACCGUAACCGAACACACGAUGGCGGAAGUAUGCUGAGGGGACGGGCUCUCCGCAUAUGCGUCAGAUACCUCAGCACACACAAUAUAUCCAUCGCAGCCAAUGCCAGCUUCUUGCCCGCAACUGCCAGCGUAUGUAAUGUGAAAACUGGCACUAGCUUUGUCGUUUUGCGACGAUCGCACCGCACACAAACGGGAGGAGAUGAUGCGCCGGCGUACAAGACCUUCUCAGCUUCAUAA